AUGCAGCUAUCCACGCUUGUAUACUCGAAGACCAAGAGGAAGCUUUUGGUUGAUAGAGAGCGGUCGUGUACACCAGUAAAGCUGCAGAGAUUUACUUACACGUCGAAUGGGUCCAAAGUCAUCAUUCAUGAUAUGACCAAAAUUUCUUCACCACAACGAACAGAGUACUCAUAUCAAUUUGCAGAAGUAGGGAACAAUGGUGAGGAGCAGAGAAUGGCAGUAAGAGAAAUCACUGACAACUCCAAUGAGGGAGACCUUAUGUCCAUCUGCGGGACAAUAGUUGGUGUAGCUGAGCCAGCAGCAACAAAAUCCAGGGGGCUGAAAGUUGCCAAUGCCUUGUUUGCGGAUGAAACAGGUAAAAUUGAGCUGGAUUUAUGGAAGGGUCAUAUUUAGAUAUGUUCAAUGGUGGUUAGGGAAGAAGAAAGUCUCUACAGUGGUGAGCAGUAUUAUCAGAACGGAAGAGAUGAAGGAAUGUUCGUCAUCAAUUCUGCUGGUGAUGGAAGAAGAAAUACGAGAAGGAUCUGCUUCAAGCACUUUAACGAUCCGAAGUUUUCAGUGUGUUGAGAAGGUAGACUUGUAUCUUCAAUAUAAGAAGUGUUUUAGAAAGAUUCUUCAAGCAAUGGGAACCCUUGUGGUGCAAUGUGACAGAUGUGGCUAUUCCAUGAGAACUGUGGACUGCCCCAUUCAUCACUAUGCUUUGGUAGUUAUGAAGGUUACUUAUGGCAGUCCUGUUUACAUUACCGUGCUCAACGAUGUUUUGGAAAAGCUGGUCCCUGACUGUAAGAAUCUUUGUGAUAGUGAAGUGGAAGAGAUGUUGCUGUUAAUGGAAAAUAUUACGAUUACGUAUGACAGUGACACAUGUAUUGUCCGAGGAUAA